ACGAGGAAGAAGAAGAAGAAGAAGAGGGAGAAGAAGAAGAAGAAGAAGAAGAAGAGGAGGAGGAGGAGGAGGGUGAUUGCAACAUUCAUCAGAAUUUAUUUUUCUUCCUAUUACAUGGCGCAAGGGCUGUACAAACGGGACCGUCCUGGGUGUGAUACUGCCACGGUGAUUUUGGAUAUUCAAGCAGCAGCAGCGGCAGCAGCGGCGGCGGCGGCAGCAUCCUCCUCCAUCCCCGGGACAACACGCAUCAUCCUCGGCCGCGGCGGCGCCCACACCGACUCCUCGUCCUCCUCCCGCCGGCUCUAUGUCGAGUGAUGGUCGGCUUGCCUUGCUGGAUGCUCCCCGCUCUCUCCGGAUCGUCGACGACCGAACCUCCUCUGACCGCAGACCCCCAUUUUCGGCGGAAACCUUCCCAGAGCUAUAGGGCUACAUAUGGAAACUGGGGAUCAGAAUUUUAGGAAAAAGGAAAAUCUACGCGUUUAAUUUUAAUUUCUUUUUUUUCUUCUUCUUCUUCUUUUUUUUUUUUUUUUUUUUUUAGGUUUUUAUCGGUUUUCUCUAUUUGUGUGCGUGUUUGAAAACAGAAAAAAAAAAGCCUGCUCGAUUAAUCAAUUUAUUUUGUUGAGCCUUGAUUUCCCUCACUCCGACGUGUAAAAGGGUUGGUUUGUGGCAUUCUUUUCUUUGAACCCGUUAUAUAUUAUUCCUUUCAGGACUUGAAUCCGUCUCUUUUGUUUCCACUAAUAUGAUAGAUUCCCCUGCUGUCCUUCGUUUUCCUCCCCACUUUAUUAUCUCUCUGCUUUUUUCCCAAAACACACUAGAACAAUAAUAUUAAUAGCCUAAUAAUAGUCUUUAGGGUCUAGAUAUACUUCUGAAUUCUUACUAGUAAACGCAAUGUUGUAACCUCUGACUAAAGUAACUGUAACUCACUGUAACAGACAUAUUGAACUGUUGUACUGUAAGCCUGCCAUCACUCCAGCACCGCGUCGCCCCCCACACCACCACCACCACCUCCUACCAUCUCUGUGCUCCAUUUGAGCUCUCGCUAAUUCAGCUCUGUGCUCAGCUGUAACCUUUACAAAUCAAGAAACAGGCUCUUUUCGCCUUUUUCCUCUCGCAAGGCCUGAAGAGAACAAACCUCAGUUUGCGUCGCGUCCACGUUAGGCUCGUACUCUGCCGCUGUAGGCUUCAGGACAUAAAUACUCCCUCACGGCUCAGAGCUGUGAUUCACUUUUGCUGCUACAUCUGCAGCUGAGGGCCUUCUGAAGGGCUGUCAUCCUCUGCACACCUGAUUUUUCCAAAACAGAUCAAUCUUUCUGGGUGUUCAGAAAGUAAGAACAAACAGAGAGGAGAGACAUCACUGCCUCUUCCUCUCUCUCCCCCCCUACUCUAAAAAGCCAUCCUCAGUUUUUCUCUUGUUUUGGUCCUCACCCAAACGCAACCAUAAGGUUCCUACCGCAUCCUCCUCCUCCUUCUUCCCUCUCCUUCCGCUCGAGUAUAUCCCGUUUUUUCGGUUUGAUUUGGUCCCGCAAAUUUUCAAAUAUUUACUUCCUGUACAUCAAGAGGAAAGGGGGUCCCCCUUUCAUGGAAUGCGGAAACAUGGGUCUGUUCGACCGCGGAGUCCAGAUGCUGCUGACCACGGUGGGAGCCUUCGCGGCCUUCAGCCUCAUGACCAUCGCGGUCGGCACGGACUACUGGCUGUACUCCCGCGGCGUCUGCAGGAGCAAGUCCAUGAGCGAGAACGAGACCAGCAAGAAGAACGAGGAGGUGAUGACCCACUCGGGCCUGUGGAGGACAUGCUGCUUGGAAGGAAACUUCAAAGGGAUGUGUAAACAGAUAGACCACUUUCCCGAGGAAACGGAUUACGAAGCGGACCCGUCUGAGUACUUCUUGCGUGCGGUGCGAGCCUCCAGCAUCUUCCCCAUCCUCAGUGUCAUCCUGCUUUUCAUGGGAGGCCUGUGUAUAGCUGCCAGUGAGUUCUACAAGUCACGCCACAACAUCAUUCUCAGCGCAGGGAUCUUCUUUGUGUCUGCAGGCCUGAGCAACAUCAUCGGGAUCAUCGUGUACAUAUCAGCCAACGCGGGGGACCCUUCAAAAAGCGACUCGAAGAAGAACAGCUACUCGUACGGCUGGUCCUUCUACUUCGGCGCCCUCUCCUUCAUCAUGGCUGAGAUGGUGGGCGUCUUAGCAGUGCACAUGUUCAUCGACCGCCAUCGACAGCUGCGAAUAGGGGCUCGCGCGGCCGACUACCUCCAAGGCUCGGCCAUAACGCGGAUCCCCAGCUACCGCUACCGCUACAGGCGUCGCUCGCGCUCCUCCUCCCGCUCCACAGACCGGUCACAUUCCCGCGACACCUCGCCGGUGGGCCUCAAGGGCUUCAGCGCGCUGCCAUCCACGGAGAUCUCCAUGUACACGCUGCCCCGGGACACGCUCAAGUCCUCCGGCACGCCCACCGCCACCUACAACUCUGAGAGGGACCACAACUUCCUGCAAGUCCACAACUGCAUCCAGAAGGACCUGAAAGACUCGAGCCACACCAACACAGCGAACCGCCGCACCACGCCGGUAUGAGGGAGUCGACACAAGCCAGGCCGGCCCGGCGGAGACCAGGAGACACGGGGAACCUCUGUGGGUGCAGUACGCCCCGGGGAGACGAUGGAUUUCCAUGUUUAUAGACAUUUGUUCUUUUUUGUUCAGCUGCAUGACUUUUCCAUUACAUUUGUUGAGAGAGUUUCAACAAGUCUGCUGUGUUCCUGGAUUUGAAUGGCAGAGCAGCGAGGGUGGGCCAGGUCGUACCGAGAGAGCGAGUUCUGUCAUCUUGUGGGCAGGAGUUUGUUUGUGAGGUUCGGGACACUAAA